AUGGCGGAGAAUAAGGUAAAUCUGUCGAUUAAUGGACAAUCAAAAGUGCCUCCAGGUUUCAGAUUCCAUCCCACCGAAGAAGAACUUCUCCAUUACUAUCUCCGUAAGAAAGUUUACUCUCAAAAGAUCGAUCUUGAUGUCAUUCGUGAAGUAGAUCUCAACAAGCUUGAGCCUUGGGAUAUUCAAGAGGAAUGUAGAAUCGGUUCGACGCCACAGAACGACUGGUACUUCUUCAGCCACAAGGACAAGAAGUAUCCAACUGGGACAAGAACAAACAGGGCAACAGUCGCCGGAUUCUGGAAAGCUACUGGACGUGACAAGAUCAUCUGUAGUUGUGUCCGGAGGAUUGGAUUGAGGAAGACACUCGUGUUCUACAAAGGAAGAGCUCCUCACGGUCAGAAAUCAGAUUGGAUCAUGCAUGAAUAUCGCCUCGACGAUACUCCAACGUCUAAUGGCACUUUUGAUGGUGUAAGUGAAGAUCCGAUGAGCUACAACGAAGAAGGUUGGGUGGUAUGUCGAGUGUUCAGAAAGAAGAACUAUCAAAAGAUCGACGAUUGUCCUAAAAUCACUCUACCUUCUUCACCUGAUGACGACACGGAGGGAAAAAGGAGGCCCACCACCUUUCACAACGCUCAAAACAGCACCGUUUUAGACCAUGUUCUUCUCUACAUGGACCGUACUGGUUCUAACAUUUGCAUGCCCGAGAAACAAACGACGAUCAAGAUUCAAAACCAAGAAGACUGCUUGUUCAUGCAACUCCCUAGUCUUGAGGCACCCAAAUCCGAUCAGAGUUUAAUGACGACAACUCUGAACCAACUCGAUUCCUCUCCGGUUGAAGAGAAGGUAACCGGUAGACCGGUUUGCAGUAACUGGGCCAGUCUUGACCGGCUCGUGGCGUGGCAAUUGAACAAUGGUCAUCAGUCGUGUGAUCGUACGAGUUUUGAUGAAGAAGAAAAUGAUCGUGAUACAAUGGUGCAACGAUGGGAUCUUCAUUGGGAUCAUAAUGUUGAUCUUUGGAGUAAUUUCACUGAGUCCUCUUCGUCUCCUUCCUCUUUAGACCCUCUUCUUCAUUUAUCUGUAUGA